CCAUUCUCUCGUUCGAAAUAACAACCACCACCCCGUCGGUUACCCUCAAAUACCUGGCGAUCACGUAAACUCUCCACCUUCCCUAAAUUAUAAAAAUCUAUCGAUCGACCCAGUUCCAUCGCCAUACGUGUCUUAGUAUCAAGCCAGCCGAGUUGUCAGCAACAUUCCCAUCCGAAACCGCUCCCAAAUGGCUCCGAAACUCUAUGUCAUGCCUGCCAGCCCCCCAUGCAGGGCUGUGAUGAUGCUGGCCAAGGAGAUCGAGCUAGAGGUGGAGAUUGAGGAAGUGGAUAGGAAUCAGCUGAAGACCCCGGAGAUGCUAGAGUUGAAUCCUGAGCAUACAGUUCCCAUUCUGGUUGACGAUGACUUCGUCCUAUGGGAAAGCCAUGCAAUCAUGCCAUACCUUGUGGGAAAAUAUAGCGAUAAAGAGUCCCUCUACCCCAAGGAUGACCUUCAGAAAACUGCCAUUAUAAACCAAAGAAUGCAUUUCGAAUCUGGAGUCCUCUUUCAGAGAUCUACUACAGCCAUUGCUCCACUGUUCCAAGGGAUAGGGGAUAUAAGUGACGACGACCGCGAUAAGAUCAUAGAAGCUUUCGGUUACAUCGAGAACUACCUGGAGAAAACGCCAUAUGUCGCCGGGGAGGAAAUGACAGUGGCAGAUCUGAGCAUACUGUCAACUGUCGCAUCCAUAGAACUCGUGAUACCCGUGGAAGAGGACAGAUUCCCCAACCUAUCAAGUUGGCUGAAGAGUGGAAAGGAGCUCACCUAUUUCGAGGAGUGCAACUCUAAGGGUUUGGCUGAGCUCAAGGAUUUGAUCGACGCUGCAUCUGCAUAAAAACGUUUUUCUUGAUUAUCAUGCGCACACCGUUUUUCAUUGGAUGAAGUAAAGUGUUUAGAUUGAA